AUGGCCCUCAGGCCUAUGCCUUGCAGCGGUGCGGUUGGAUAUGGACUAAGUCCUUCCGAAAUCCGUGAAUUACGAGUAUCUUUUAACUGCGCUCUGCGCUCUGCGCCAUGUUAUGCGCUCAGCCUCAGGACGACCUUCGACCCUUCGGCUUAUGGUACCGCCUUCAAGGCCUAUGCUUUGCCACGUCACAGUCUGAUAUGGGUUAAGUUGAGUUUGAACACAUCCCGACGGCCAGGUCGUCACCUUGCGUCGGCACAGCUACUGUGCCUGCUGAACAUAUCAGUGCUCGUCCCUCUGAAGAACGGUGUCAAGUCCAUCCGGUCCCGGUCCAUGGAGCUGGCAACAAUCGUGGGGCUCCGUCGUCUAGUCCGGUUGCGGUUGGAGGAGCAAUAUGGAGGUACAACGCGAGAUCUCACAUGUGAUUUGGGUGGCAUUGGCAGUACGCAGAUACCGCUGAACAUGUCGUUCCAAGUAGCCAGUCCUGUGCUCGGACCCCCAACAGCCGCCUGGUCCAUUACGUGCAUGGCGGGCGGUGUUGCGGCCGCCGUCGAGGGCAAAGGUGCCCCGCGGGCUGUCACUGUGGGCCGGCCGUUGACGACGGCCCUUGCGGUGGUCAUUGGUUUUGAUCACCGCUGUCACUCGCCGACGCCAGGUCCCCCUCGGACCACAAUGCCCACAGCGGUCCCCGUUGCUGCCGCCUUCCACCUCAAAGAUGCCCUGUGGGCGGGUCGUUAA